AUGUAUAAACUUCUUGUUUUGGCAUUGGUUACCUGGGUAUCAGCCCAAAAAGCAUCUUUUAACAAUUACAAAGUAUUUGGUGUUCUUCCACGUACGGAAUCUCAACUCCAAGUUCUUCGUCAAAUUGAUCAUCACAAUGGCUUUUCAUUAUGGAACGAUCCAAGUAUGGUUAACGCAACCAUAGACGUUAUGGUGUCACCAGACAAAUUAAUCGAAUUUUACGAACUAAUGGAUUCACUUGGAACACCAUUUGCAAAAUUCAUCGACGACGUUCAAGAUUUGAUCGACAACGAGAUACCUAUGGAACAAAAUUAUGCCAAAUCUGGUUUUAAUUUGAACACGUAUAACACUUUGGCAGAUAUUCAUGCAUACUUGGAUAGUUUAGCACAACAACAUCCUGAUAAAGUUGAAGUAAUCAUCGGUGGAAAAAGUUACGAAGGUCGUCAAAUAAAAGGAGUUAAAUUAACUUUUGGAAGUAACAAUCCUGGAAUUGUGAUAGAAGGUGGAAUUCAUGCUAGAGAAUGGAUAUCACCUGCAACAGUUUUGUACCUGAUUGAUCGUUUUUUGAACAGUGAUAAUCAAGAAGUUAGGGCAUUUGCUGAAUCACAUAAUUGGUACAUUUUCCCGGUUACCAAUCCUGAUGGAUACGUUUACACCCAUACCAAGAAUCGUUUAUGGAGAAAAACACGUAAACCAUAUUCAACUUUCUGUUACGGUUCUGAUCCAAAUAGAAACUGGGGAUACAGAUGGAACACUGGUGGUGCCAGUUCAAAUCCUUGUGCAGAAACAUACGCUGGAAGUGGUCCAUUUUCUGAUAUAGAAACUAAAUCAUUAUCUGAAUACAUUGAAUCGAUAUCUGACAAAUUUUUCGCAUACGUCUCGUUCCAUAGUUAUUCACAAUUAUUACUUUUCCCAUAUGGUCAUACAACGGCUCAUCUUGAAAAUUACGACGAUUUGUUGGCUGUUGGUAAAAAAUCUAUAGCUGCUUUAGCUAAAAGAUACGGCACUGCAUAUCGUACAGGAAAUGUUGCAGAAACUAUAUACAUAGCUACAGGAAGUAGCGUUGAUUGGGUCAAAGGAUCACUUCACAAACAAAUCUCUUACACUUACGAACUUCGUGAUCGUGGAAGGUAUGGUUUCAUACUUCCAGCAAGUCAAAUUACACCAACUGGUGAAGAAACUUUGGACUCGUUAGUUGCAUUGUUCAAGGAAGCAGCAGCACGUGGUUAUCCCAAGUGA